UCAAAAAUACUUCUGAAUUUGAUCGCUUCAUUUCAGUUUCCAUAACCCCACAAGCCAAAAAAAAAAAUCUCAACAGAACAGAACAAAACAGAGUAAUAUGGAGCAUUUUCAGCCAAGGUGGUUCUCUGUGGUGGUGGCCACCGUGGUGAUGGUGGCAGCGAUGGUUGCUCCGGCAAGUGGUCAGAUUAGCUCCCCAUGUAACACAUCGAUCAUAAAUACCUUCACACCUUGUAUGAACUACCUGACGAACAGCAGCGCCGGCGGAUCCUCCAUGCCCACUACACAGUGCUGUGAUUCUCUAAAGUCUCUCACCAGCGGAGGCAUGGACUGUCUGUGCCUCAUAGUCACUGGUAGUGUUCCCUUCCAAUUACCUAUUAACAGAACAUUAGCCAUCUCCCUACCACGUGCCUGUCGCAUGCCACGUGUCCCUGUUCAGUGCAAAGCCUCUGGUUCACCACUUCCUGCACCAGGACCUGCAUCUCUAGGCCCAUCUCCUUCACCGAGAUCGGCUCCCUCUGGAUUCACUCCAUCUCCUAGCCCUCAAGUGCCUUCCAUUAUGCCUUCACCGCCAAUGACACCUUCAGAGGCACCUGAAUCAGACACAACCCCAUCAUCAUCAUCAUCUCCAUCAGUGGAUAAUACUAAUACACCACCAUCAACAUCAACAACACCAUCAACAUCUGGGCGUACUACUAAUCUGACUCCAUCAUCAUCUUCUGCUAUGUCUUCUUCCACUUUCUUACUUCUCAUUGCUUCUACACUAGUUGGUCUUCUCAACUACUUCUACUAAUUUCCCUCUUGUGUCAGUGUUCGUGUUCUGCAUUAUUCAUGUGCUAUUGUACCUACCAUAGCCUGCAAAAUAUAUUCUUAUGGGUUGUGACUGUUGUUGGUUUGGAGUUUUGUUUUAGGUCAUUUCAAACCCAUGUUGGGUAGUUUUACCAUUUAUAUUUAUUUAAAAGCACUUUGUACUGCAUUGUAUAUGAGUUUAUAGAAAUAAAGAACAUUUUAUUUUUAUUGAAA